UUGCCCUGCCGCUCUUGCGUAGGGGGCGGAGCUAAGAAUGCCUAUUGGUCUGCUUCCGUGCCGGUCAGCGAGUUGAGUGCGCUGAUUGGCGGCGGCCCGGAAGGUAGCGGGUUAAGGUGUAAACCCUGAGGAGGCAGCGUUUUCUGGGCUUCUCUCAGAUUCUCUCUCCAGAAGCUUCUGCCGGUUCCCCCAGGUCUGGGUACCGGGCUCUGCAUCGCGCCGCCAUGAUGGGCCACCGUCCCGUGCUCGUGCUCAGCCAGAACACAAAGCGUGAAUCUGGAAGAAAAGUUCAGUCGGGAAACAUCAAUGCCGCCAAGACUAUUGCAGAUAUCAUCCGAACGUGUUUGGGGCCCAAGUCCAUGAUGAAGAUGCUUUUGGACCCAAUGGGAGGCAUCGUGAUGACCAAUGACGGCAAUGCCAUUCUUCGAGAGAUUCAAGUCCAGCAUCCAGCAGCCAAGUCCAUGAUUGAAAUUAGCCGGACACAGGAUGAAGAGGUUGGAGAUGGGACCACAUCAGUAAUUAUUCUUGCGGGGGAGAUGCUGUCUGUGGCUGAGCACUUCCUGGAGCAGCAGAUGCACCCAACAGUGGUGAUCAGUGCUUACCGAAAGGCGUUGGAUGACAUGAUCAGCACCCUUAAGAAAAUCAGCACCCCCGUCGACACCAGCAACCGAGAUGCGAUGCUGAGCGUCAUCAACAGCUCCAUCACUACCAAAGCCAUCAGUCGGUGGAGCGCCUUGGCCUGCAGCAUUGCCCUGGACGCUGUCAAGACUGUGCAGUUUGAGGAGAACGGCCGGAAGGAGAUUGACAUCAAGAAGUAUGCCAGGGUGGAGAAGAUACCGGGGGGCAUCAUCGAGGAGUCGUGUGUCUUACGUGGGGUCAUGAUCAACAAGGACGUGACCCACCCACGGAUGCGGCGCCACAUUAAGAACCCUCGCAUUGUGCUGCUGGAUUCCUCUCUCGAGUACAAGAAAGGAGAGAGCCAGACUGACAUUGAGAUCACACGAGAGGAAGACUUCACCCGAAUCCUCCAGAUGGAAGAAGAGUACAUUCAGCAGCUCUGCGAGGACAUCAUCCGUCUGAAGCCCGACGUGGUCAUCACAGAAAAGGGCAUCUCAGAUUUAGCUCAGCACUACCUCAUGCGGGCCAACAUCACGGCCAUCCGCAGAGUCCGGAAGACAGACAACAAUCGCAUUGCUAGAGCCUGUGGGGCCCGGAUAGUCAGCCGCCCAGAGGAGCUGAGAGAGGACGACGUUGGGACGGGAGCGGGCCUGUUGGAAAUCAAGAAAAUUGGAGAUGAGUACUUCACGUUCAUCACGGACUGCAGAGACCCCAAGGCCUGCACCAUUCUGCUCCGGGGUGCCAGCAAGGAGAUUCUCUCGGAAGUGGAGCGCAACCUCCAGGACGCCAUGCAGGUGUGCCGCAACGUGCUGCUGGACCCCCAGCUGGUGCCAGGGGGCGGGGCCUGUGAGAUGGCCGUGGCCCACGCCUUGACGGAGAAGUCCAAGGCCAUGACCGGUGUGGAGCAGUGGCCGUACAGGGCUGUUGCCCAGGCACUGGAGGUCAUCCCCCGUACCCUGAUCCAGAACUGCGGGGCCAGCACCAUCCGUCUGCUCACCUCUCUCCGGGCCCAGCACACGCAGGAGGGCUGCGAGACCUGGGGUGUAAACGGCGAGACGGGCACUUUGGUGGACAUGAAGGAACUGGGCAUCUGGGAGCCCUUGGCCGUGAAGCUGCAAACAUACAAGACCGCGGUGGAGACUGCGGUGCUGCUGUUGCGGAUCGACGACAUCGUCUCGGGCCACAAAAAGAAGGGCGACGACCAGGGCCGGCAAGGCGGGGCCCCCGAUGCUGGCCAGGAGUGAGCGCUGGGCCUGACGACCUCGGCGCACAGAGCCAACAGCCUCCCCCUUCCCUGAGUCGGGCUGCCAGGGACACUGGGUGUCUUUGUUCGGAAAGGGUCAGGUUGAGGGGCAGUCCUAGCCCCGGCUCGGUUUGCAAAAGGCACUGACAUGUAAUUCUUCUCCAUUGUAAGCUUUCCAUUUAGUUUGCUUCCGAUGAUUAAAUCUAAGCCAUUUGA